UGGUUGCCAUGGCGACGACUUGAGGAUUUGAUGCGGAGUCAGUUAGCAUUCGGCAGGAAUUAGACUACGCUGCUGGAAUAUCCGUGAGUGAGUUUCCCCAGACAACCUGACCCUGACAAGACAAUGCAGUUCAGCCCUCCUGUCAGCAGAGACAGGAUCAUAUCUACAUUUCCAAAGUGUUAUAAUCCAGAAGCCUGCCUACAGACGAAGGAUGACUGGAAUCCAAAAGCCAAGAUGGCUUGCCAAGACCGGGCGGCCCGCCUGCAAGGGUUUGACAGGCUUAAAAUGUCAAAAGCAGUAGUGGUUGGAGAUCUGAAUGUGGGAAAGACAUGCUUAAUAAACAGGUUUUGUAAAGAUGUGUUUGAGAGAGACUACAAGGCUACUAUAGGUGUUGACUUUGAGAUUGAGAGAUUUGAGCUAUCUGGGCUCCCCUAUUCUCUUCAAAUAUGGGACACUGCUGGCCAAGAAAAGUUUAAAUGCAUUGCAUCAGCAUAUUACAGAGGAGCUCAAGUUAUUAUUACUGUCUUCGACAUGGCGGAUAUCAAGACCUUGGAAAACACACGACAGUGGUUAUCAGAGGCACUGAGAGAAAAUGAACCAAACUCCUGUUUUGUUUUCUUGGUUGGCACAAAAAGAGACCUCCUGUCUGCAGAAGAGUGCGAGAGAACAGAGAGGGAUGCUAUAAACAUUGCAGCAGAAAUGAACGCAGAGUUCUGGUCGGUGUCCUCAAAAACAGGGGAGAACGUCCAGGAGUUUUUCUUUCGCGUGGCAUCUUUGGCUUUCGAAGAUGCCAUUCUGAAGGACCUGGAGACAGAACCCAGCACCGCUCAGAUUGGUGAUGGAAGUAUUCUCAAUAAUACAGCACUGGAAGAUGCACAAGUAAAGCCGAAGAAGUCGUCCUGUUGUUGAUCGGAAGGUUCAAGAAGAUAAAGAACCAAUUUGUAUUAACAGAAUAAAUAUUUAACAUGGUUAAAAAAGUAGUGUUUCUCCGUAAACUAACCAAUUUCUGAGUUGGUGCAUCAUGAAUGUACUCUCUGAGAGGGACCACCUUAUCCAAACACAUACAAAAAUAAGGGACAGAUAUCCAGUAUGAGUUUGAUUUAUAGUGUAGUAUUAACCUCAGUAUUUCACACUGCUCAAUAAACUGCCAUUUAAUGAUUGUAUUGUAUGUUAUUUUGCAACCUUUUGUACUUGUUUAUUUUCUUUUGGCAGAUGAAAUAAACGUAUACAUUAUAAUGGAA